UCGUUUUCUACUCUGGGCUGUGCUUUCGCAGAAAGAUCGCUGUCCCUGCCCCGUCUCACGCCGCCGGGUUCCGGCCCAGUAUGGAGAAGUGUGAGGAGAACGACGUGGUACUGAAGGCCACUAAGUUCAUGGAAGAUUUAUACUUAUACGGGCCGGAGAUUUCGUACGGUAGCGGCUGCUGCCGAGACCUGCCGCUGCACCCCGACCUGGAGGAGACCAACCAGGUUGCCGCCGCCCAUGUGACGACGGAGCAAUGGGGUCGGAAGACGAACGGCACUGCUACGCUGUCCCCCGCCAAAGCCUAUCCACCCGCGGCGCCGGCUGCCCCACUCCGCGCCGCUGAGCUGCCUCAAUGCGCGGGGCUGGCGUGCUGGGAGGAGGGGCUGUGCACUCGCUCUGAGGUGGCGCUGCCCUGCUACAGUGGUUUAGCCGACAAGGGUAAGCGCUACACGGCUGAGGGCUACCGUUACGCCGUGGGCAGCGCCAAUGAGAGCGGCUAUGUAGCCAAGGGCAGUGGGCGAACGCCCGGCGGCGGCCUGGACGGCAAGUAUGGUGCGGCCAGCCCGCGAGUCAGCUUGGCCGCUUACUUGCCGGGCCCUGCCGCCGAGCAUGGCAAGUUCUCUAGCCCGGGCGUCGCGGCGGCGCUAUCCUACGAGAAGUUCUCCAGUCCGUGCUCUAGUUUGAUGCCACCCAGUCAGAAAUACAACAGCUCCCGGCCCAGCCUGGUGCAGUAUGACGGCACCACCCUCAGCCCCUACUCCAACUACGUUAGCACGGACAGCGACACCAGCAAGCACUCCAGCCCUCGCGCCAGCCUCGCAAGUUACGAUGGCAGUAGCAAACCUAGCAGCAACCGUACCAGCGGCAUCAGCAUGGGCUACGACCAGCGCCGCUCCAGCACCGCUAGCCAGUGCUCUUGCACCACCAGUCCUCGCUCUAGCUACUCGGACUGCAAGCGCGGCCCGCAGGGCAACAGCGGUGAGCCGGAGGGUGCGGGCGGCGCCCGGCUUGCCCUGGCCAGUCCCCGCUCCAGUCUUUACAGCCCCGAGGGCCGCGGCGCGACGGGCGCCCCAAUGGUGAGCCCCCGCUCCAGCAUUUCUAGCCAAAGCUCGUGGAGCUCCCGCGGCUCCCUGAGUGCCUACACCGAGCUGCAGCUGCCUUCGCCCCAUUCCUCUCUGCUGGGGCUAGGCCUGCAGGAGGACGGCGCGGCGCCGGAGCUGGGGGACGUCUACCACAAGAUAUAUGCCCAGUCCCCCCCGCGGCACGACCAGCAGCACCCGGCGGCCGCACUCGAGGUCGUGUCCCCCUAUGCCUACUGCCCGACCAAAAGUUCCUCUUCGGUACCCAAAUUCAAGCUCCCUUACCAGGUGACGCCGUGCCGGGAGAGCGGCACUAGCGAGGCAGAGAGGCGGCUGGAGGCGCUGACGCUGGAGCUGGAGAAGGAGCUGGAGAUGCACAUGAAGAAGGAGUACUUCGGUAUUUGUAUAAAAUGUGGAAAAGGUGUGUAUGGAGCGAGCCAGGCUUGCCAAGCAAUGGGUAAUCUCUAUCAUACCAACUGCUUCACAUGCUGCUCUUGUGGGAGAAGACUGCGAGGAAAAGCAUUCUACAAUGUCAAUGGCAAGGUGUACUGUGAAGAUGACUUCCUAUAUUCAGGUUUUCAGCAAACAGCAGACAAGUGCUUUGUUUGUGGACACCUCAUAAUGGAAAUGAUCUUGCAGGCCCUUGGAAAAUCAUACCAUCCUCGCUGCUUCCGCUGUGUGGUGUGUAAUGAGUGUUUGGAUGGAGUCCCUUUCACUGUAGAUGUGGAAAACAAUAUUUACUGUGUCAAAGACUACCAUACGGUUUUUGCACCAAAAUGCGCUUCCUGUAACCAGCCGAUCCUACCAGCACAGGGCUCCGAGGAGACCAUUCGGGUGGUGUCAAUGGACAAAGACUACCAUGUGGAGUGUUAUCACUGCGAGGAUUGUGGCUUGCAGCUCAAUGAUGAGGAAGGCCAUCGUUGUUACCCAUUAGAGGGCCACUUGCUCUGCCAUGGCUGUCAUAUCAAGCGCCUUAAUAUUGAACUGACAUCACAUUCACCUCCAAGCUAUCUGAUGCAUAUCACAGAACUCUGAAAGACAUUUCCAUUACCAAUAAGCCAUUUGAAAGAGAAGACAAAAAUCUAAAAAUUACUUUCCUGUUCCUUUAAAGAUGAGAUUCCAGUAAUAACCAUCUAAACCAGCUAUUUAUUUUUAAAAUCAGAGGUGAGGGUUCCUUUUUUCAUUCUUUUAUCUAGACGUUUUCACUGAGACACCAUCUACUUGAACAAAUAAUUCACCACUAAACUGUAACUGUAAAUGGCAGCAUUUCUAAAGCAAUGGUACAAAGGGCUGUUCUACACUCCCUACUCACAUUCCUCCAGUGGAGAUUUCACCCAAGUAAGUGUAGAAUUUCUUUCCAAAAGUUAGCACCUUAUCAUAUUGCAGCAAGCACAAUAAGAUAAAUGCUAACAUUUUAGCUAGUUUUAUUGAAUUCUGGUCUUAGAGAAUACAGGCUCACAUUUUUUUAAACUUAGGAAGAAAACAAGUGGUUUUAGUAAGGACGUUUUCAGCAUGGGUUAAAUAAUAGCAUUCUCUGAAGAUGCAUCAGUCCAGCUUUCCAUCCUACAAUAUUCCACAGUCAUCCAAAGACUAUUUAGCUUGUUGAAGAAAUAUGGCAAGCAUCUCUUAUAAAAACUAUGUUACAGAGGAUUAUAUCCGAAAGGUUGGCACAUGCAGGGUUAUAGCAGUUGAAGAAAUUAUAGACCUCUGUAAUUGCUUGCAAUGUACAACUGUAGCCAUGGUUUCAAAAUACAUCCAUAUCAACUUGAUGAUUUGGUACUUACUAAAGAAUUCAUCUUUCGAAGCUGUUUUUUGUUUAACAGGGUUAGCUUCCCCUUUCUAUGCAAAGGUACACUUGUCUUUAUGCUACUUGUUUUAUACAAGACUUCAUUUGUUACCAAAUUCUUUAUGAUUGUAUGUUGCUACAUUAUUAAAAAGAGAGGGGACAGUGGGUUUUGUAUUAUCUUUACAGCUUUGUGUUCUUAUGUAAAUGCGAAAGCUUCUCUUAAUGAUUUUCUUAAGGAGUAUUUUUUAUGUUAAAUCAGUUCAACACAGAGGUAAACUUUGAGUUCAUUUUAUGAUGUGAUUGUUCUUUAGAAGCCUUUACUGUACUUUCAGACUAUUUCCAUAAAGUUAAAACAAUAACAACUUGUUCUCAUUUGAAUCAGGAUUACACCUUUCCAUUUUGGUAAGGAAUGUUAUAAAGUCCCUACAGCACAAAGCUCUUGUAGGCAAUUCAGAGUCUCUCAUGCACUGGAGUACACAUUCCAAAGAAAGGACAAAAAUAAUAAUGUAAAAAAAUACCAAGAAUGUACUCAGAUAAUUGAGCUUUCAAAGAGGGUUUGUUUGGGUUUCUUUCCUUUUCCUUUCACUUGUGUGCACGUGUGUGUAUAUAUUUUGUAAGGUUGAGCUUCAAAAGGAAAAAACAUGUUUAGAGGAGUUUUUUAAGACCAGAAAUUCCAGAGUACUAAAGUAAACCAAAGCUUUAAAGGAGACAAAAGCUGCUUCCUUGUGUUUCAAGAAAAGUUUAAGUUUGUGAUUCAUCCUGUAACUAAUGCCAUAACUACAGUAUAUCAUUUGACUUAAAUUACGUUUUCAUUUGAGAAAUAUUUAUGUUUUCUUCCAAGAACUCAGACCAAUGUUGAUUUUUGUUUUGUAGGAAGUAUAUAAAUUCCCAGUUUGUAUAUCAUGUAAAUAGAUUACAUGCUGAAAAUAUACAUUAGUUUAAUUAUUUUUGUGUAUAUAUAUAUAUUUGUAAAACCUUUCAAUGUGCUUCUGUCUUAGUCCUUAGAAUUAAUUGUGGUUUUGUGUUUCAGAGUUUGAUUCCCUUGAUUGUUGAAGAAAAAAAAUGGGAAAUGUAGAUUUAUUUAUCUAAAGAAGCAGCUACUUGCUGACAUCCUAAGUUAUUUAAUAUUAAAGUGAGAAGUUUCAUUUAACCUUAGAUGCUUUUUUUCAAUAAAGACACUUUGUAGUGA